CCACCCACAUCCCAUUCCCCCCUACCCUACACCGGCGACCGCUAUAGCUGGGAUCUCCUCUCUCUCUCUCUCUCUCUCUAACAUUUAUCUUCAGUCGGCCACCCACAUCCCAUUCCCCCCUACCCCUACACCGGCGACCGCUAUAGCUGGGAUCUCCGCUCUCUCUCUCUCUCUCUCUCUCUCUCUCUCUAACAUUUAUCGUCAGUUUCUAAAUCCUUUUCUAACACUCGUAUUCUGUACUUCCUCCCGGUUGAAUCUCAAAUCUUGUUUAGUAGUUUCUUAGCUUUCAAUCUUUCACUUUCCUGGGAUUUGUAAAUGUGAUCCAUUUUUGGUGGGUUCCCUCAUAAAGAUCCAAUUUUUGGGCAAAUUCAAGCAAUUGGGCAAGUGGGUCUGUUUGUUUCUCGUUAAAAUCGCAUUAAUAAAGGCUCAUAAUGGGUUGUUGUCCCGCAAAAGUCGGUUCUUUUGUCGUCUUUGAAUAGGGAUCGAGGAAAUAGCUGGACAGUUGCUGUAUAUGUGCUUUGAAAAGAUGAAAGGAAAUGCUGUGAUGGUUUUGAUCUGGAUUUGAGUGUGUAAGCUGGUUAUGGAUUGAAUGUGAUCUAUUGUGGGGGUUGAAAUGGCUCCGGGGACUGAUAAUACGCCACCGUAUUGUACUGAAUCGGAUGGUGGGUGUGGGGAGGAGAAAGUGGGUCCCGUGGAAGAUGAGGAUCCGGAAUCGUCGGACAAUUCGAACCAAGCUAAGGCCGGGAAGCCUCCGAGGAACCUCUCCGUUAUGCGGCACAGCAUGAGCCAAGCAAUGCUGGUUGGUACAACUGACUUAGAAUCCACUGUUGGUGUUAUUGCCAUCAAGUCACCAUUUGGUGAGAACUCCGGGUUUUUACCCAUCUUUCGUUCAGGUAGCUGUUCUGAGAUAGGACCAAAAACAUAUAUGGAGGAUGAGUACAUUUGCGUGGAUAAUCUUCGGGAACAUCUUGAAGCAGCUUCAGAUUUCCCUUCUCCAGGAGCAUUCUAUGGGGUAUUUGAUGGUCAUGGUGGUGUAGAUGCUGCAUCAUUCACUAGAAAGAACAUCCUUAAGUUUAUUGUCGAGGACUCCCAUUUCCCAACCGUGGUGAAAAGGGCCAUUAGGAAUGCUUUUGUAAAAGUUGAUCAUGCAAUAGCAGAUGCUAAAUCUCUUGAUAGGUCCUCCGGCACCACUGUUCUGACUGCUCUUAUGUUGGGACGGACGAUGGUAAUUGCAAACGCAGGUGAUUCUCGAGCAGUUCUAGGCAAACGAGGAAGAGCGAUCGAACUGUCCAAAGACCACAAGCCCAACUGCACAUCUGAAAAACUCCGGAUUGAGAAACUAGGAGGAGUCAUUUACGACGGAUAUCUCCAUGGGCAAUUAUCGGUGGCACGUGCUCUUGGGGACUGGCACUUGAAAGGUCCAAAAGGAUCACUGUACCCAUUGAGCUCUGAGCCCGAAUUGGAGGAGGUUUUCUUGAACGAGGAAGACGAGUUCUUGAUAAUGGGCUGUGAUGGGAUUUGGGAUGUGAUGAGUAGCCAGUAUGCGGUAACGAUAGUCAGGAGGGAGCUUAUGCUUCACAAUGACCCAGAGAAGUGUUCAGAAGUGCUUGUUAGAGAAGCACUCAAGCGCAACACAUGUGAUAACCUCACGGUGCUUGUGGUUUGCUUCUCCCCAGACCCACCCCCGACGAUUGAAGUGCCUAAGAUUCAAAAGAGGAGGAGCAUAUCAGCCGAAGGGUUGGAUCUCCUGAAGGGAGUAUUGAGUAAUGUCUAAGAAAAAGACUAGUUCUAUGACUUGUACAGGCUACAGCUGUAUUUGGAUCAAGGGAUUGCAGAGGGAUGUAUAGGAAUAGACUGAGUCAGAAAAACUCAGUUUGUUCGUUGAUUUUUCGAUCUUUGUAGUUCUCGUUGAUGUAAGUGCCUUCAGAAAUUAUACAAUGCAAACGCACCCUGAGAUGGCAAUAUGCUCGGGGGGAGUUUUUCUGAGUUUCUGCAGUUGGUCAUUGCUGAUUCUUGGGGUGAAACCCAGUACAUCUUACAUUACUGUAUCAUUUUGAAUUUCGGAGCAUUCAUUAUUUGUGAGCUCAACGGGGGCAGCCCGGCUGUACGGCUCUGGUAGCGGUGGUCAUCAAGUUGAGGUUUCAACCCCUCGACACGACUCUCGACUUACUGUUUUCCCUUCUUAGCAGUAGGCUCUUUUGACUGUUGUUCUUUAGGAAUAAUUCUAUAUUCCUGAUCUGUAUCUUGAAUCUAGGACUCUAGCAGCAAGGCUAAGAAUGCCAAUAAGUUGAGAGUAGGUAUUUCCAACCAAAUUUUCUCCUC